AUGUUCUUCUGCAACGCCAGCACUUUUGCACACCCUACCUUCCUCCUCACUGGCUUUCCAGGCCUGAAGGCCUUUCACCAUUGGGUAUCUAUCCCCAUCAACUUGACCUGUGUGGUUUCCAUCCUAGGCAACAGUAUCAUCCUCUUCCUGAUCCACACAGACCCAGCCUUACACGAACCCAUGUACAUCUUCCUGUUCAUGUUGGCAGCAUCUGAUCUGGGUCUCUGUGCCUCUACCUUCCCCACCAUGGUGCGGCUCCUCUGGCUAGGUGCUGGUGAAUUGCCCUUUGACUUCUGUGUAGCACAAAUGUUCUUCAUUCAUGCCUUCACCUUUGUGGAAUCUGGUGUGCUGCUCGCCAUGGCCUUCGAUCUCAUCAUUGCUAUCUGGAACCCUAUGCACUAUGCCACAAGCCUUACCCACUCAGUCAUGGUCAAAGUGGGGGCUGCCAUUCUAGUGAGGGCUGUUCUGCUCAAUCCUCCAGGACCCAUCCUCCUGCAGCGUCUGCUCUUUCCCCAGAUCAGCAUACUCUCGCACUGCUACUGUCUGCACUGUGACCUCGUAGGGCUGGCCUGCUCAAACACCUGGGUCAACAGCCUGGUUGGCCUGGUCUCCAUCCUCCUCUCACUGGGCCUUGACUCCUCCCUUAUCAUGCUCUCAUAUGCACUGAUCCUACAGACAGUGCUGGGCAUUGCAUCACCUGGGGAACGGCUCAAGGCACUCAACACGUGUGUCUCACACCUCUGCAUUGUUCUCAUCUUUUAUUUGCCCAAACUGGGGCUGUCUGUAUUGCACCGAGUAGAGAAGCACAGCUAUCCUGCUCUAGCAGUGCUCAUGGCCAACCUGCACUUUAUGGUCCUGCCUUUCAUGAACGCCAUUGUCUACUGCAUCAAGUCUAAGCAGAUCUGCCAGGGCCUCUUAAAGCGUUUCCAACAGAAGAGAGUUGAUGUCUCCUAA